AUGGCAUUCACGUACUGGAUCACUAUGUGGUUCGGCUUGUGGAGCAGCCUAAUGUUGCCUCUAGCUAGUGCAGCUCCGCAUGCGCGCUCUCAGACGUCGUUCGUCGCUGAUCUGGACCCAUACCCCACCAAGCCGCGCAUCGCGUUUCGCCCAGAUGGCACGUUCAAGAUCACUGUCUUCUGCGACCUGCACUACGGCGAGAACCCGUGGGACGCCUGGGGCCCGCAACAGGACAUCAACAGCACGGAGUUGAUGAACAUCGUCUUGGCGGACGAGAAACCGGACUAUGUGGUGCUGAACGGGGACCUGAUCACUGGCGAGAAUACCUUCCGACAGAACUCGACGCACCUCAUAGACGAGAUUGUCGCUCCUCUGAAUGCAGCGCAGAUACCUUUCUCGUCUACCCAAGGCAACCAUGACAACGAACCGAACAUCACGCACCUCGAGGAGAUCAAGCGCGAGCAGCUGGUCGCACCGCUCAGCUACACACGCACGGCGCCGCCUGGCAUCGGAGGCGAGCAAGGACCCGGAACGUACUGGGUACCUGACUGGGCGACUGACCUGAAUGCUACUCCAGACGUUACCCCGAAGCUGAUCUUGUGGUUCUUCGAUUCACGGGGUGGCUUUAGCAAGGGAGAGAAUUCAACCGCGGUUCCCGACUGGGUCGAUGAGACAGUUGCAGGCUGGAUCCAGUCAGAAGCGGAAGCGAUGGACGCGGCAUGGGGCCCAGCCAGCACCUCUCGGGGUGCUCUCGCAUUCGUCCACAUCCCUCCGCACGCUAUCCAGGCCCUCCAACCCGACCUGAAUAGCACUCGCGAUCCCGGACUCAACGCCGACGUCCUGGGUUCCGGCUCCACCGAAGCGACGACCGAGUCCGCCAACCUCGGCAAGGACCAGCCGUUCUGGGACGCACUCAACCAAUACGUGCCCAACCUACACGCAGUCUUCUCUGGCCACGAUCACGGCAACGAGUGGUGCGUCCGCGAGCCCACGAAGAACGUCAUAUUCUGCUUCGGAAAGCACUCUGGCUACGGCGGCUACAGCGACUCCUGGUGGGGCCACGGCGUGCGUAACAUCGUGUUCUCGUCGCCUGACCCGACGAGCCCUCUGCAGUCGUGGAUCCGCUACGAGAACGGGACGGUCAACGCGAACGUCACGUUGGACGCGUCCUACAGUUGA